GCUGAUUUCAGCGUUGCCUGGUGGAGGAAGAAAAAGUGGAUUUGCAGAGACUCAGGGGAGAGGGAGAAGCCUCGCUCCUCUUCUCCCCACUAAGACACCAUGGGCAACGUCUGGCUGAGGAUCUGGGCUUACUUGGAGCCCUGUCUCCCCUGCUUGUCCCAGGAGGCAGACAAGCCAGUGGUGAUUGCUAAUCCAGGGGCCCGUUGCUCCCCGGUUACUCCCCGGUCACAGAGGCAGGAGCCUGAGAGAAGCUCCAGCCACUACUUUGUGGCUCUGUAUGAUUACCAGGCUCGGACCGCAGAGGACCUGAGCUUCCGUGCUGGCGACAAACUGCAAGUCCUGGACACUUCCCACGAGGGCUGGUGGUUUGCCAGACACUUGGAGAAAAGGGGAGAUGGCUCCAGCCAGCAACUACAGGGCUAUAUUCCUUCUAACUAUGUGGCUGAGGACAGGAGCCUACAGGCAGAGCCGUGGUUCUUUGGAGCAAUCAAAAGAGCAGAUGCAGAAAGACAACUAUUAUAUUCAGAAAAUCAGACGGGUGCCUUUCUAAUCAGAGAAAGCGAAAGCCAGAAAGGGGAUUUCUCUCUUUCAGUUUUAGAUCAAGGAGUUGUAAAACACUACAGAAUCAGAAGACUUGAUGAAGGGGGCUUUUUUCUUACCCGGAGAAGAACCUUUUCAACACUGAAUGAAUUUGUGAGCUACUACACCACAAGAAGUGAUGGCUUGUGUGUCAAGCUGGGAAAGCCAUGCUUAAAGAUACAGGUCCCAUUGCCUUUUGAUUUGUCGUAUAAAACCGUGGACCAGUGGGAGAUAGACCGCAACUCCAUACAACUUCUGAAGCGAUUGGGAUCCGGCCAGUUUGGUGAAGUAUGGGAAGGCCUGUGGAACAACACCACUCCAGUAGCAGUCAAAACAUUAAAACCAGGUUCAAUGGAUCCAAAUGACUUCCUGAGGGAGGCACAGAUAAUGAAGAGCCUAAGACAUCCCAAGCUUAUCCAGCUGUAUGCUGUUUGCACUUUAGAAGAUCCAAUUUAUAUUAUUACAGAGUUGAUGAGACACGGAAGUCUGCAAGAAUAUCUCCAAAAUGAUGCUGGGUCAAAAAUCCAUCUAACUCAGCAGGUAGACAUGGCUGCACAGGUUGCCUCUGGAAUGGCCUAUCUGGAGUCCCAGAACUAUAUCCACAGAGAUCUGGCUGCCAGAAAUGUCCUCGUUGGUGAACAUAAUAUCUACAAAGUAGCAGAUUUUGGACUUGCAAGAGUUUUUAAGGUAGAUAAUGAAGACAUUUAUGAAUCUACACACGAAAUAAAGCUGCCGGUGAAGUGGACUGCACCUGAAGCCAUUCGUGCUAAUAAAUUCAGCAUUAAGUCCGAUGUGUGGUCAUUUGGAAUUCUUCUUUAUGAAAUCAUUACUUAUGGCAAAAUGCCUUAUAGUGGUAUGACAGGUGCUCAGGUGAUCCAGAUGUUGGGUCAAAACUACAGACUCCCGCAACCAUCUAACUGUCCACAGCAAUUCUACAACAUCAUGUUGGAGUGCUGGAAUGCAGAACCUAAGGCACGACCAACGUUCGAGACACUGCACUGGAAACUUGAGGACUAUUUUGAAACAGACUCUUCAUAUUCAGAUGCAGAUAACUUCAUAAGAUGAACACAGAGGAAGAAUAUUAAAUAAUGAAGUAGCAAAAAAAGAAUUGAAUAAUCAGUCUAGAAAUACAAUCUUUAUCGACCAACUGCAAAAUCAGUUUAUCUUGACAUAUGAAAAUGAUAGGGUAAAUUUGGCCAGGUAUUAUGAAAAAGAUUGUGCAUUUUAUUGACUGGGCAACACUGUAGGACAGUCUAAGAUGAUAUAUCAUUUUCUCACUGCCUGGUAAAAUUAAGCACACUAAACAAAGUUAUUUUUCUUUUUAAGAGAUGCUUACAUUUCUAUUUAUUGUCUGAAAUGCCGAUCAAGAGAAUCAACAGAUGAUAGCCAGUUUUUACUCAGUGACUGUUGUAGCAUUUUCCUGUUUACUGAUUACAGUGGUUAUUCAUUAUUCCUCGGAUUGCUGAAUCCCAUCAGACUGUUAUUAUGAAGGAAUUUGAUUGCUUUGCUGCACAGCAGGACCUGUGCUUUGAGAUUUUUUUUCUCUUUUAAAAUAUCCUGUAACUACAAUGAUGGUAAAGCCAUGUUAAAUGACUUGAUUGUACUUGGAGUAAUUGCACAUAUUUUUUUCCUAUGCAUAAAAAAAUGAAACAGCUGUUGAGAAAACGAAUUAAAAUCUUUCUCAUUUUGUAGAAGGAAAUGAUGGGAUUUUUUCUAUACCUCAGUAUGUGUCAUCUGAGAAUCAUCUACAUUAGUGUUAAUCCCUUAAUGUUGAGAAUCAGGUUGCAAAGCUGAUGAGUUAUUGCCUAUGGAAAUAUGUGAAAAACAUCUAAUAGCCUGCCAAGUCUAAGAAAUAAGUAUCAAAAUAGUUUAGAAAAACGAGAGGAGGGCAAUAGAAUUGCUAUGGCUUAGGACUUUUGAAUAAUUUAAAAAAAAAAAAAAGAAGUACCUUUUGGCAUA